AGGGGGAGAGGCUGCAGGGCGUUUCUAUAAAAGCUCUGAGCUUCAGAUAUGUAGAAAGGUGGGGCCGAGCCACAAAGCAUGGACAGGAUCCGAAUGCGUCGAGUGGCCAACUGAACGCUAACAACUGCAGUUCAAGGAGACAGAUAGAAAGGUUUUAUCAGCUGGUGCUAAAAGGAAAACGAAAUCCUAUCAAUAUAUUAGUUGCUGCUCCUGUCGCUGGGAUCUCGUGUGGAGACACUGCGCCUCUCCUGUGAAAACUUUGACAGUCAGAUCCUGUUUGGUUCAAAGCUUUAAGCAGCUGGCUGAAUGUGAAACACAAUCCUCCUCUCAUCAAUACUUAAUAGCUUUCUAAUGGCAGCUUGUGAUUCCUUUUAAUUUAUGAUUUAGGCUCAAAGCUAUUACAGCACUUCACACAUUCACAUUAUAAGUGCUGCCAGAGUGCUUUUUAUAAAAAGCUGUUGAUGCCAUAGGUCACUGCUGCCUCCUGAAGAAUUGGUCCUUAUUAUCAUACUAUUUUACUUUUGAAUAACCAUCAUUAAAAGAGUUAUAGUCAACCAUCAGGAUGGCGGAGGCACCCAUUUUUGCCGCCGGCAUGGCCGCCAAGCUCAGGAGUCAGUGGGAUCGUGACGGAGGCCUCGGACAGAACGACAACGCAUUGAAGUUUCUGGGUCAGGACUACGAGUCUCUCAGAGCACAGUGCCUCCAGAGUGGGAAACUGUUUGAGGACCAUUUGUUUCCCUGCACCCCGUCAUCUCUGGGAUUCAAGGAGCUCGGCCCCAGAUCCGCCAAGACCAGCGGAAUCCGCUGGAUGAGGCCUACGGAGUUGUGCAGGCAGCCGGAGUUCAUUGUAGAUGGAGCGACUCGCACAGACAUCUGUCAGGGAGCUCUGGGAGACUGCUGGCUGCUGGCAGCCAUCGCCUCACUGACCCUAAAUGAUAACCUUCUCAACAGAGUGGUUCCUCAUGGACAGAGCUUCCAGCAGGGAUAUGCCGGCAUCUUUCACUUUCAGUUCUGGCAGUUUGGAGAGUGGGUGGACGUGGUGAUUGAUGACCGCCUGCCAGUGAAGGAUGGGAAGUUGCUGUUUGUCCACUCUGCAGAGGGAACUGAGUUCUGGAGUGCUCUCCUGGAAAAGGCCUAUGCCAAAUUGAAUGGCUGUUAUGAGGCUCUGUCAGGCGGGAGCACGUCGGAGGGCUUUGAGGACUUCACCGGCGGUGUGACGGAGAUGUUUGAGCUGGCAAAACCCCCCUCAGACCUCUUUAGCAUCAUCAGUCGAGCCGUUGAGAGAGGAUCCCUGCUUGGCUGCUCAAUUGAUAUCACCAGUACAUCAGACAUGGAGGCCGUCACAUUCAAGAAGCUGGUGAAGGGCCACGCCUACUCUGUGACUGGUGCGAACGAGGUGGCCUACAGGGGAAAUCCGACCAAGCUGGUUCGCAUCAGGAACCCCUGGGGGGAGGUGGAAUGGACCGGGCCCUGGAGUGAUGACUCCAGAGAGUGGGACUACGUGGAUAAUUCCGUCAAAGAUCGGCUUCACAAACGCAGUGAAGAUGGAGAAUUUUGGAUGUCCUUCAGUGACUUCCUGCGAGAGUUCAACCGUCUGGAGAUCUGCAACCUGACGGCGGACGCCCUGCAGAACACCCAGAUGAAGAAAUGGAACACGGCGCUCUUUGGCGGAGAGUGGAGGAGAGGCAGCACGGCUGGAGGUUGCAGAAACUACCCAGCAUCAUUUUGGCUGAAUCCUCAAUUUAAGAUCAAGCUGCAGCAUCCCGACGCCCCCGGCAAACCAGACUGCAGCUUUUUGGUUGCCCUCAUGCAAAAGGACCGCAGAAAGAAAAGACAAGAGGGCAAAGACAUGGAGACCAUUGGGUUUGCUCUGUAUGAGGUUCCGGAAGAGUUUGUAGGGCAGUCGGGGGUCCACCUGAAACGAGACUUCUUCCUCACUCACGCCUCCAGCGCUCGCUCGGAGCAGUUCAUCAACCUGAGGGAGGUUAGCUCGCGCCUGCGAUUGCCAGUCGGGGAAUACAUCGUGGUCCCCUCUACCUUUGAGCCCAACAAGGAUGGUGACUUUGUCCUCAGAGUCUUCUCUGAAAAACCUGCUGGCUCCGAGGAGCUUGAUGACAAAGUUGUUGCAGACCUUCCUGCAGAGACUAAUGUUGAUGAGAGCCAGAUUGACGCGGGCUUCAAGAAUCUCUUCAGGCAGCUGGCAGGCGCUGACAUGGAGAUCAGUCUUAAUGAGCUUCAGACCAUACUGAACAGGAUCAUUAGCAAACAUAAGGACCUGAAGACAGACGGCUUUUCUAAAGAAGCUUGUCGCAGUAUGAUAAACCUCAUGGACGCGGAUGGAAGCGGGAAGCUGGGGUUGACAGAGUUCCACGUUCUCUGGCAAAAGAUUACACGCUACCUGACCAUAUUCAGGCAGUUUGACUUGGACAAAUCGGGCACAAUGUGCUCCUAUGAGAUGCGGAUGGCCCUUGAAUCUGCAGGUUUCAAGCUGAAUAACCACCUAUUCCAGCUGAUCAUCCUGCGGUACACCGAGGAAAACAUGGCUGUCGACUUUGACAACUUCGUCACCUGUUUGAUCCGACUGGAAACAAUGUUCAAAACAUUUAAAAACAUGGACACGGAUGGAGAUGGUGAAAUAUCCCUUAACUUCUUUCAGUGGAUUACACUGACCAUGUUUGCCUAGAAAUGAGGGGACUCCAUGCACCAUGUCCCGCUGCAGCUCCAGGCCCAGCAUUCCCUGAUUUUUAUAGAUUUUUAGCAAGUGCCUUCGCUCUUCCUGUUCCUUCUCUCUUUGAGGAUGCUCUCUGCUGAGGCCCUGUGAUGCUAAAACAGACAGAUUUGUUAUUCCAGUGCCUGUAGGGGAAACGUGCCAAUUCUUUAUUUGUUGCUCGUUUUGCCAAACAAAGGGAUCUCACUGGUUAUAGCCUUGCUUACUGUGGGUGAUAUAUAUAUAUAUUUUUUCCUGAUCUAAUGCAGAUAAACUAUAUGGGUAUAUAUCAAAUUAUUGGUUGGAUGUAAGAGGGUGGACAUAGGGUUUUACUUUUUGUUGCACUUUUUUUAAGUUCACAGAAAUGUUUUCAUUUUUACCAGCCUAAAUCAAAACAACGGGUUUAAAGGAAUCAGGGUGUUUUUCCUUCACUAAAACAAUACUUCUGGAAACAUUUGCUUUAGGUGUUUUUUCUAUUAGCCUUCAAACUUUGGGUUGAAAUUGCCAUCUGUGCACUCCCCACAAUUGGUGCCUCCAGUAAGUUGACCACAGCGCUGUAAUUCUUCUGUCCUAUAUGAACAGUUUAGAUUGUUUGACAUGGGGUUCUGUUAAAAACUAAAUGUAAAUGUCUUAUCUACAGUAGAUAAUUCCCUUGGCAACUUUGCUUUGAGGAAACAAAGAUUACUUUUGGCACUAACAGCUAGCUAGAGCAGGGCUAAAACCAAAGCAGAUUUAUUUAAAAUGGUCCUUGUUUAACUUUAAUAGCACUUUAUCCGAACACUAUUGUAGAAACCUUCAGACGUAUAUGUACAUAACUGUCUCAUACAAACGAGAUAAAGGUUUAAUGGUUUAUAAGAUAGUGUUCACAUGAAUGGCUAUGACAUUUGUUUAGAUUAAAGUUGUUUUAACUUGUAAACUUGAAAAAAACCUUUUUGAUCAAAAUAAGGUCAUUUGGAGUCAUCUGUUCCUUGCAAGGUAGUUAUUGCUUAUAAUCUCUGAACAGUGACAAUAUGCCAAAAUCUAAACCAUAAUUUAGUUUUAAAAGUAACAUAUAUGCAAACCUCUCCUUUGGAGCUUUGUCAGUGCCAGAUGUAACCUGGGAGAAGAGACUCUAUUAGACUUUGAUUUGCAACAUCCCACUCUAUUGAUGCAUUCAACCUAUACAACAGAAAAUGAGAGCAAACAUCUAAAAAGCAUGCCCAAAUAUGUGCAGAAAUCCAAUGUUUGUAGCAGCGCUGCUGGCCUGGCAUUUUAAUGUUUACUUCUUGUGCCUUGCUUUAAGUCAGCGGUCAUGCAGCAUUACUGGGGCCUGGCAGUUUAUGCAGACACAAUGUGACUGCACUGCAUCAUAGAGAAUGUGUUGAUUUCUAUAAAUCCAAUCCUGUUUGGCUUUAUUAUAUACCUGCUCAGUGUAUGCAUGGCAUUUUAGACUGUUCUGCAAUAUCUGAUGGAAAAAAGACUAACCUUUUUUGUAAUGGCUGGAUUUUAUACUUUGGCAAAGGGAUAUGUAUGUUAAAGUUUAAGGUAAAACUGAAUAAUUAUGCAAAGUGGAUGGAUAAUGUGUGCAUGAAGUGUCAAAUCUAACAAUUCUCUGCUUUCAGGAUUGGUGUUUUUUUUUUUCUAUGAUGGGAGCAUUAUUAUAUGAGAGAUCUAUGUUUAAGAUGUCGCAACUUUUUACUGCAAUAAGCCUUUAAGUGUUUCAUACAUUAAAAAAACAAAAAUACGCUUGACAUUUUUAUAUGCAUUUUGUAAAUGGGAGAACAGCAUUGGUGACCACAUUUCUCUUUAAAUCGUUACAGCCAACCCCUUUAAUUUGCAUCAUGCGCAGACGUUCUUUGACUUUUGCAGCAUAAUGCUUAUGUAAUGUGUAAAGUUUACAUGGGGUGAUAUUCAGGGUCACUUUGUACCCAUACAUCAUGCAACAUCAUGGUUUACGUUGGAGCUUUCUGUUAAAUUUUUUUACACACUUUCAAAAUAAACAUGAGCCUUUGAAUCCAGAA